AUGGCAGAGCGCACACAGUUUCGCAUCAUCGCCAAACUUCUUUGGGCCUAUGAUACUACGCUGCUUAUCGAUCCUGUGACGGGCGCCUUAGUAGCUCCCAAUCUAGAGGCCUAUAACGAGGGCUUGAUUGCAGUGCUCAAGCCGUUUAAGGUCGACUUUAGGUUGCGUAGCCCAGAACAUAAGGCGGUUAGUUUUCGCGACAUGGAGGCUAGCAUGGAGACUUUACGGAAGUACGAGUAG